AUGUUAUAUCCUGAAGGAAGUAGUUUAUUGGGAAAUGAUGAGCCAUCCUUAGGCUUUAAGAGAUCUUGCAUAGAAUGGUGUCUGGAACACAAUAUUGAAUAUGUCGAAACUUGUGCAACGAAUGCUAAUUUUGAUCAAUGUCUUUCUGUUGAUGGUGAUUCACAUGGCGUUGAUAGACUUUAUGGUGCUCUCUCUGCUCAUAUGUGGCCUGGAAUGUUGUUGAAAUCUGGUGACAGGAUAAACGAGCCUUCAUUGCCUGAGCAAGAAGAGUUGUCCGAAGAAGAAGAAUCUGAUUAUGAACCUGAAUAUGAAGUAUUAUCUUCUGCUUCAGCAGAAGUGAACCAUGAGAUGAUAUAGGAUGGAUGUCUGCGUAUGGUCCCAUUUCUAUCUCAGAAAAUGGGAUGCCUUUGGAAAGGGUUCCUGAAACUUCAGGUAGAGAGAGUGAAGAUAAAUCCAUCAGAGAAGAGAACCAGCCGUCAACAUCAGCCUCUUAGUUGCCCAAGGAGCUCGACCAUGAGAAGGCAUUUGAAGCAGACCAAAUAUCAGAGCUUAAUGAUGAACCUUAUGAAUUUGAAGAUUUAGAAAUGCUAAUGGCUGAAAUUGGCAACGUGCGCAAUGGCUUGAGGCUGAUGCCUGAUUUCCAGAGGAGGGAGAUGGCUGCAAAGCUGGCAAUGAUGGUUGUGAUGUUUAGAAAUGCCCGAUAGUAAUGCAUUAAUAUUCAUAUAUUU